GGCGCAUUUCGCAUUCAAGGAGCACUGGUGAUGCUCAGUAGAGCGGUUCGCCCCGCGAGCCGUCAAAGCACUUGGCGUGCCAUGGCAGCUGCAAGACGAGCAGCAGAGAGGGGGCUGGUGAAGGGUGCUUCUCCGAAGCACAUCAUACGAGCAGCGACCAAAGCGGCCAGACGCAUUUGUCAGGAGGUCCAAGCAAGAAGGACGCGUGCCAAAGUUGCGCGGUCCCGAAGGAAACCGAGCUCAAAGAAAGCCUCGGAGACUUCAGGGCUCCAGGCUGAAGCUCGGUCCCUGGCAACGAGGGCAGCAACUUGUCGAGAGGCUUGGGACGCCACGGGGGCUGUGAAGGUUAUCCAGGAAGCUGCGAAACGGAUGGAGUCCCUCGAGAUUCCAAGGAAACUGCUGAAAGAAGCCGCCAGGGAUGCCAUACAGGUCUUGGACUUGGAUCAUCCCAAAACACAGCGCUUGGUGUCGGACCCCUUGCGCAGGCUUGGCGUGAAGCAAGAGUAAAUGCCCAGACAGGUGACAAAA